AUGCAUCCGGCAGCCUUCCACCCUUCCGCUAUGAAUCCAGCCCUCAAUCCCGACACCCCUCCCCCUCCCCCUCCCCCUCCCAAGCCCGGCAGCCACGAGGCUAGUCGAAGGGGUACACCGCAGAUCAACCCAUCUACACCACACUACCAGGACCCUCGGUACGCUUUGAACGGGAUGGGCUCGCAGGGGCUUCAUCAACAAACAUCUUCCGGCAUGGCCCAUGCCAAUCCUCUUCCCCAGGCCCCGACUGCCGAGGAGGGGUGGUUGCCUGACGCCGUCAAGGACAAAACGACCGUGGACCUCCAGACCAUUCUCAAAGACCCGAAUCUCCUCUCUGCCCUCGCUAGCCAGCACCCCUCCUACUCCGCUCAUCAGGAGAACCUCCAAUCGCGACUCAAAUACAACGAAGACCUAGCCAAUCGUCUCCUGGAGCUUCAGGCCCAUCUCACAGAGCUGCGCGGCUCGACCGAAACGCUUCUCUUGACGCAUCAGUCCCUGGAGGUUUCCUGGCGCAAGAAACAAUCGGAGCUGGAUACCGCAUUGGCUCCGUGGUCGCCCAAGGCAUUAUAUCAGCGGCUGGCGGCGUCGAUUGCCGAGCAGGAAGCUGUGUGCCAGGCGGUGGAGGAGAGCUUUCUCGAGGAGGAGCAUCACGGGCGAGCUACCGAGAAAGAAGUUGCCGAUUGGAUCCGCCGAGUGAGGGCCGAGAGUUCCAAAUUAGCCGCUAGAAGGGAAGCCAAAGCUAGAUGGGAUGAGGGGAGAGUGGGUGGUUGGAGGUGA